AUUGGAGCUAGACUAGAUCCGGCGGCGUUCCUCUACGAUCGAUCGCUGCAAGCUGCAAAUCCGAAAUUCCGAUUUACCAAUCGAACUAGUCCUCAAUCUCUCUCUGUUGCUUCGCCACGAACAAAGCUGACGCAUCUCGAGCUCCGAUGGACUCCUCCUCUCGACCCCCAUCCCCGUCGCCAGCACCCAGUGGAUCCCGUGGCGCCUCCAACGCCACCCAGCGGUGGAGCAUCCUUCGCCGCGCGCUGCUUGCUCGUUCGUCCUCCGCGCGCGCCCAAGAGGGAAUUUCUAGUGACCACCAGAUUAAAGAUGACACCUACAACAUUUCAAGAAAGGCUUCGUGUGGCUUUAACCUGAUCGAAUGCCAUUCACUGCCGAUUUCACAGCUAGCGAAAUCACUUGGGAAUUCAUUAAAUGGAAAUGAAAAUGAUUUUGGCCAGAAGGAUGUUUAUGUAUGUUACAAGCUGCCUUGUAGAGAUUCCUCUAAACUUGAUCUGGUAUAUAGAAAAGAGGAUUCCCUUGAACUCAAUGACAUUGAGGCUUCGAACAAAUACAAUAUCGACACUACUGGACUAGUUGUUGGCCAUCAGAAGAGGUCCUUGCCUACUACUGUAUUAACCACUCGGAUAUGUUCAGUUCAUUACAGGUCCAAGAAAGUGCUUGAGCUUGGAUCUGGUUAUGGAUUGGCUGGACUUGUUGUUGCAGCCAGUACAAAUGCUGACGAGGUUGUUAUUUCUGAUGGCAACCCACAAGUAGCUGGGUACAUUCAGAAGAACAUAACCCUCAACGCAAAGACUUUUGGUGAGACAAAGGUUAAAUCUAUGAUACUGCAUUGGGACAAAGAGCAAGCUUCAGAAAUAUUGAAUACUUUUGACAUCAUUGUUGCAAGUGACUGCACAUUUUUCAAGCAAUUCCAUGAGGGCCUUGCCCGAACAGUCAAAUCCUUGCUGAAGCAUUCGACAACCUCACAAGCUAUCUUCCUGAGCCCCAAAAGAGGCGAUUCUCUAGACAAAUUCCUGGGAGUAAUUAAAGAGAAUGGUCUGUGUUGUGAGUUGAUAGAGAACUAUGAUCCAACUGUCUGGAAUCUGCACAAAAAAUAUGUGGCUGGUGAGGAUAGAACCUGGCCUAAUUAUGACAAGGAGCAUUGCUACCCUCUCCUGGUUAGAAUUAGCUAUUUUAGUGAGAUCUAGUUUCCUUAAAUUCUAUUUGAUCUUGGAUGAUCCAUUUAUAAUGUGCAUUAGCUAUAUAUUUUUUUUUAUAUAUAUCCCAUCCAGCACGAUAGUGUAAACCUGGAGGUGGAUCUUGGCUAAACAUUUCUGAAAGUUCUUUGCUUUUCUAUGGAAGUACCAACAAGGCAGUUCAAAAGCAUUCACUUGCAAACUCGCCUUUCCUCA